AUGUCUAUUCGUCGAUCCGCAACGAGGCGCGGCCCUCCUCCGGUGGCCGCUCCCAAACUGAAGAAGGGUUAUGAGAAUGUUGAGCAGGGUGUAAAGCAGAUUUACCCUGGCCCCUCAUCUGACAAGAAGACAGACAUGGAUAUCGUCUUUGUUUCGGGGUUGGGUGCUCACCCAGUAACGAGCUUCAAGCACGCUGACACCAAUUUUAAUUGGGUGAGUGAUGAAGAUGGCAUUGCUCGUGAGUUCCAAAAUGCCCGUAUCCUUCUUUAUCACUCCGAGUCUUCAUGGACCGGGGCCAUCAAGGUGAAGCAGUUCCUCGGGAACUUGGCGCAGACUUUACUUGAAGGAUUGAAAGUGAAAAGAGAGAAUUCUGCUUUGGUCAGACCCAUCACAUUCAUCGGACACAGUAUGGGAGGACUUGUCAUUGCAAAGGCCGUGUGUAUUGCCGCCUCUCGACCAGACCUUUUCCCAGGCAUGUUUGAAAACAUAGCUGGCUGCGCAUUCUUUGGAACCCCAUUCAAAGGUGCCGAAGCUGCAUCCUUGGCCUGUAUGCUUUCCCACGUCGGAGAAAUGCUUUCCCAUGUUGGAGACAAGGGAAGCGCUUCAACAGCUUCCAAACUACUAGAGCUUAUGAGACCCGAUGAUGAGUACUUGAACGAACUUCGAAAAGAGUUCAUUCGGCUUUCAAUCAAAACAGACCCCAAGAUUCAAUUAUACGGUUUCUAUGAACAACACCCUACUACGAUCAAAGAUCUGAGCGGCAUGCCCCAGUUUCUCCAAGCUCUUAAUAUUCCGCUUCCCAAAAAGGUUGGUGAGUUUGUCACUCGAGAAUCUGCCGUUCUAGAUGGUGUGAUGGAAACGAUGGGCUUGUCUGCCAACCACAGGGACUUGGUGAAAUUUAAGAGCUCAAAGGAUGACCAGUAUAUGCUGGUUCGAGGUCCUUUGAGACGUUUGAUCAACGGUUCAGGACUACGAGUUAAAAAUCGACACAAUGCGAUACGGCGUGUGGACCAAGCAACUAUCGACAAGGCAAAACGAGAACUGGAAGGCGCAUCAGUAAAGAACAAGAGGGAUGCUAUCAAGCGCAAUACUGCAACCUCACCCUGGUUCUUCAAGGAGCCUGAGUUCAUAGGAUGGUUUGCCAAGCCUCAAGAGGCAGAAGAUGUCUCUCUUGUCAAGAAAUGUGAUUGUCUAUGGGUGCGCGGUCGUGAUGGUCGUGGCAAGACUAGCGCAGCCUUGUCUGCAAUCGAUAAGAUUGAAGAAUGUGUCAAGGACGAUGAUGAGGAGGAAGAAGAGGUCGAGUCUCAUCGACAAUCGUCGCAGGUCUACCUUGCUUAUUUCUUCUGCGACAAGGCACCAGAGUAUGAUACAGCUGAGGUGUUGUUAAAGUCUCUGAUCCAUCAGAUCAUCUCUAAGCAACCGCUGGCUUCUAUUCACACCAAGUUCUUACUGCAGAAGAAAGGCCGCGAUACAGGCCGCGAGAAAGCAGCUUUACUGACUGUAGAGAACCUCUGGCAAGUACUCCAGGAUAUUCUAUCGGAUGAUGUUUUUCUUGGGGCACGAAUGUACUUUGUCAUCAAUAAUUUGGAGACCAUCUCUCCCGAGGCCGCGUCUACUGCUACUUUACUUAGUCUUUUAGGCUCGGAAGUUGAGCAUGAUGGCAGUGGAAGACGUCCACUCGUGCGAUGGAUGUUCACAAGCGGCCAGUCUUGGGACAUCGACCAGGCUUUACGAAAGCCUUUGGUCCGGCUGGUAGAUCUCGAAGAUGAGAAGUAUGGUGACCAAGUCCAGUUGGAGCUUCGAAAGCAUGCACAAAAGAAGGUGAAGGAACUAGUCCAGCACAAGAGUUAUAGCAAGGCUCUUGUGUACUUCACCAGCAGCGUCAUCGGACAACGAGCUCAGAACACGCAAUGGAUAGACAUCACGUGCGAUUCUCUUGAAGAUAUCCCCCAGCAUGAGAACGACCUCCAAGUCCGUCGUCUGCUUGAAAGGGUCCCACAAGAGCUAGAUUCUCUCCUCAAUGCUGCAUGGCAAGACGUGUUUGAGAAGAACCGAUCCAAAGCUGGUGAGAUCAAGGAGAUGCUGCGUGUGCUGGUUCUCACGUACAGAGACCCAACUGAGGCAGAACUUGGCCUUCUUGCUGGCCUACAGUCUUCAAACGAGCAAGUAUCUGAGCUUCACGAUCUCGUGAUCAAGUGCAGGCCACUAAUCGUACUGAAAACAAACGAAGGGGGCGAGCCCACAGUCUGCUUUGCCUUUCCGGUGGUCAAGGUCCAUCUUCUUGAGAACGCUCACAAGCUACUAGGCCUCACAGAAGAUGGCAUCAAGUUACAGCACGGAAUUCUCGGAUUUCGCGCGUUCAGUCACAUCAUGGAGGCCUUUGAUGAAUUUAAUGAUGAGGUUGCGGAUACAACACAAGGCAACGUAGAUCAAGAGGGUGAGGAUGAAGUUGAAGGUAACGCGGAAUCAGUAGCUGGCCCACAAGAGGUUGAGUACGACCAAGAUCAUGGAGCAACUGCCACCAUGAAUGCUCAUGAGAACAAUCCGGACAACAUUUCUGAAUCCUCUGACGAUGGCGAAAGAGGGGACGAAGAAGAGGACGAAGAGGGCGAGGACGAAGACCCUGAAGCACCCCGACUCAGGAACAUCGCUCUAGCCUACGCAGUCAUAUAUUGGCUCGACCAUGCUGGCCAAGCCACGGCCGAUAUCGCCGAAGCACUUAGCUUGGAAGAGAAGUUCUGGGAGAGUGGUUCAAAGAUCCGACGUCGCUGGUUGACAGAGCACAACCGAAUGACGGGGGCUUUUGAUUAUUUCCAUCGUUCUGAGCUUACGGGACUGCAUGUUGCCGCCGCAAUUGGCUUCAGGGAUCUUGUCUCAGCACUAAUGGACAAUGGCUACGCUGGCGAUAUGAACACUUACGAUGACCUUGAUAACCAACCGCUUCAUUUCGCAGCCUAUAGUGGAAAGUCCGAAAACGUUGAGGAGCUACUCAAUAGAGGAGCCGAAAUCGAGGCAGGGAAGGAGUUGGAUUCUAUGACUCCUUUGGGGAUGGCAGCAGAAGUUGGAGACGUCAAGAUCAUGGCACAGCUUCUUCAACGAGGAGCGGAUCCAAAUGCUAGUACCUCAGAAUCUGGGGCCGUGAUCUGUGCAGCCAUCAAAUCUGGAAACACCGAGGCCGUAAAACUUUUAGUCGCCCACAACGUCUCUCUAGUGAGCCCAGAAGAGGAAGGCGAUGAUUCUGGGUCUGUAAAAGAAGACGGCGAGAAGGACGAAGAGGAAGAUGAAGACGCGGAUGAAGAGGAGGAAAGCGAGGACGAAGAUAGUGAUGACGAUGGGGAUGAUGAGGAAAACAUCAAGUCACCCCUGGCUUUAGCAGCUAUGAGAGCUGACUUGUCGGUUUUUGAGUUUCUGAUAAGCGAAUAUUCUGACAAACUGCCUUCCUCGGAAUAUGGAGUUGCGCUUGUCGCAGCUGCAGAAUGGGGUCGAACAGAAGCUUUCACAAGACUGUUCAAUGACUUCGAGCAAUCCCAAGAGAACAUUCAGGACGCUUUGUAUGAAGCGACAAGGUCUGCAGAGGGUCACUGGGAUAUUGUCGCCAUGAUCCUUGAAAAAUGCCCUGGUUUGAACUGUGACAAGGCUUUCCUUUUCACAGCGCAGGGAGCUGAUGGCGAUGAUGAAAUACGCAUUCUUGAAGCUAUGUGGGAGUAUACCGAAGGUGGUAUCUCCUCAGAGUCUCUGGAUGAGUCCUUGUACGAAGCGACAGAUCUCGAGAGUAAGAGAACUAUCGAAAUUCUACUGAGAUACGGAGCCAGUGCUAAUGCAACUGGUGAGGUGUAUGGGAAUGCCCUGACAGCCGCGGCAUUCGACGGCAGGAUCGAUAUUGUCACGAUGCUUCUUGAUGCUGGCGCUGACAUCAAUUCCGAUAAGGGCUUUGCUCUCCAAACCGCUGCCGCGCAGGACCAUAUAGAAGUGGUAAAACUCCUUUUGGAACGCGGAGCUGAAAUCAACAAAGUCGCAACUCACGACGGUAUGCCUGAAGGAACAGCACUACAAGCAGCUGUCGAGCGUGGCAACGAGGAAAUUGUCGACGUACUGCUCGAACACGGAGCUGACCCUAACCUUGGAGGAGGUAGUAACAAAUAUCCCAUCAUCGGCGCAGCAAAGAAGAUGUAUAACGGCAUUUUCAAGAAGCUCAUUGAAGCCAAAGCCGACGUCAACGUCAUAGGUGGCUCGGAUGACACGACACCUCUGGUUGAGGCGGCCUAUUAUCUCUCCGAAGAGUGUCUGAAGCUAGUUCUGGACGCUGGAGCAGACAUCAACCACAAAGACAUCUUUGGUAACACGGCGCUGAUGUUGGCCGCUGGGAAAGGUGAGCACGAGUCAGUAGAGCUCCUGCUCGAUCGCGGCGCAGACGUCCUGAUCGUGGAUCAGGAUGGUGGCAACGCAUUGCAGAAAGCCUGGAGCUCAAACGAUUAUGAGACUACCUCGGUAGUGAUUAAUCAUGUCUCCAAGUUGAUGGAUGCCAUGAGGGUUGCUAUGGAAUCUGGUGAUGCUGGUGUUGCUGCAGUGGUUCGAAGUGUGCAAAGCCAAGGACAAGAGCUUGAUUACGAUGAUCCUCCUGCGCCAGAUUCGCCGGUCAAGGACGAAAGCAGAAGAAGUUCCGUGUAUGGAGGACUCCCACCAGAUACACCGCUUGUAACAGCCAAUCCUGCGGCAACUGAUUUCCAUGCUGAGAAGAUCGUUGUCGAAGAACCACAAGCUGCUCCAGUUCAUGGCUUGGCUGCGCAAGAACCCAUAGGUAGACCGUUUUUCCCGCCUGUUGAAAACUUGUACAGUCCCGCCACAGGCAUCCUUGACUAUGGUCAUGAUCCGCUACUCAGACGCCAAUCGGAACUUGGACCAAUCUCACCAGCACCGUCCCCAGGGCCGAUCAGAAGGAAGCCGAUUUCGGGACCCAUGUACAUGCCAUACCAGCCUGGAUCGGGAGACAACGUGCGGCACUCAACUCCACCUGGAUCGUUGGCGAAUGCUUUCCAAGCUUAUCAGCCGGGCAGGCAACAGACACCGCUGCACGAGGUACAGUCUUCAUCCCCGCCGUUGGAGGGUUUUACGCCGCCAAGUCAGACUUCACCUGAACCUGAGUUUGUUCCAUACGCGCCUGGUGUUCCGGGACAACCUAGGCCAGAACCAGGUCGAAAGUCAUCGCGCACGUCGUUUAUGGGCAUGAAAGUCCCUUGGUCGGACCAUCGGUUUAACUGA